AUGUCGAGCUUGCUUUCCUUUCGUCGAGCUGGGCCUGAACUCAGGGCACCUCGCGACGAGGAAGCAGCCCUCCCGUCCACCUCGCAGGCUGGCAGCCGCUGGUCUCGUCCUUUCGGCUUGGGCUCCAGCUCUCGUACCCAGAACACGCAGCUCGUCGAAAUGAACUCUCAACCUGCUGUCGCCAUCGCCGACAACGCCAACCUCGACAUCGAGCAAGCACAGCCUCGACAUGCACGCGACCCGUCCGGCAGAUCCAUCCUCUCCGCCAUCUCCAUCCCCUCCCUCUCCACCUUGCGUCAGCGCGACCGCGACCAGGAGAGGCAAAGACAAGAGGAAAUUGUCCAGUCUCAGGGUCAGGGAGGUGGCACAAUUGCCCGCCUUGGCGGCGGCAAUGCUCUGGCCCCCAUCCUGCUCGCUCCCUCCGCCCCUCCCGCAUCUCGCACCAGCGCCAACAAGAAAUCUAGAAGCAGUCGACGCGAACGAGAAGAGGCCGCCACCUUGUUCGGUCCCAACCUGGCAAAUUACUUUGGAAGCGGCAUCAGCAGCUCUGGCGCCGUCUCCAGCCACGGCGCUGGUGUUCCCCAACCUUUCGCCAUCAUCAGCCCGACUUCACCCAUUACAGCAGCUGUGCUCGCAUCGCCAACUCUAUCAUCGGCCGCCAACGACUCGUCCAAUCCUCCCAUCGACCCAGCCACCGGCAUGACCUCAACCGAUGCCUUGUAUCCGCAUAACUCUGUUGCCUCGCGCCGUGCUCGCCUCGGCUCUCGCGGUCGAGCUAGGGGUGCCUCGCUUUCCGGCCUCAGCAUGAUGUCGCUCGGCGCCGAAUCCGUCACCUCGCUUGGAGGGGUCGUUCCGGAGCGAACGGUCGACUCAUCUCAGGCUGCCACUGGCAUGAUGCAGGGAUCCACCGCCGAUCUCAUUGAUCAGCUCAAUCGUGAAGGUCCCUCUGCCGACGGCUCAAUCGCCAUGAGCGAAGGUGUUGAGAUCGCCACGCUUCAACGCUGGAUUCAACGCAGCACUGGCGUAGCUCAGGAUGGCGCUCCUCCUGCGGCAGCACCUGCUGCUUCGCCUGCCACUCAUGGCCCGCCUGUCUGCACCACCCUCCAGUCAUUUGUCAAUCUGAAGCGCAACACCCUCAAGCUUUCGACAAAGACGACGCCGGAUACCGCUGCCGAUACCACCAACAUCUUGCGAUCUCGAACUUCGCUUUCUGUGCUGCCCAGCCUCUCGUACGGCAGCAGCAGCGCUGCAGCGGGUCUGCUUCCCGAGCCGACGCAUUCGCUCUACUUUGAAUACGACUGCGCUGCGCCCUACGCCAGCGUGCAGAUCUUUGUUCGUGCCAGUCGCAAGCACGGUAGCUGGCUCGGGUGGACGCCGCCUCCCGACCGCGGCUCGGAUCCGCUCUCGUCGACGCAGAAUGCGGAUGGUGGGCAGGCGUGGUUGGCGCAGUGCGGUCCGCCUCCGCAUGUGUUGGGAUGGCCGAUCCAUGUUGCCAAGUUGAAGAAAGGAUUUGGGGUAGGUCAUACGGCUAGUCUGCCGUUGCAGCUGCAGUAUUAUGCGCCGCCGAAGGGAAAGAAGCUGGAGAGCGGUGCGACGGGUGUCAGCGAUGGUAGGCGGGAGGUGGGGGGAAAGAGGGGUGUGGAGGUGGCGACGCCUGCGGCGGUUCCGGAGACGCCAGGGUUUGAGUUCAACAGGAGGUUGGAAGUAGGGGAUGAUGAUGCGGAUGAGGAGGGGCAGCCUGCGCGGGCGGCGGCGGUGGUGGCGGUGGGGGCGACGGCGGCGGAGGGCGGUGCACAGUCGCUAGCCACGGAGGGUCAGGAGACGCAGCCGGUGGAGGAGGAGACGAAGGAGCAGCGGCUUGCGCGCGAAAAGGCGGAACGUGAAACGCUCAAGCUCGCCAUCGUGGUAGAGGCGCUCGACGAGAACGCUCGACCGUUGCGAGAGCCCAACCUGCAAACGAGCUACCUGCGAUUGACAUCUUUGCCCUCGAAGAAGGUCGAGGUGGUGGAGGAGGUGGCAGAGUCGGAAGGGGUUCCGACGAGGACCUGGUCUUCGCAGGUGGAGGGGCAGGAAGCGGAGAUCGGACCGCACAGGUUCCAAUUGCAGGAGCUGUAUGGGUUGUCCUCGAAGCCUCCUGCUGUUGCGCCUGCUCCGGUGGAAGGUGCGGAUUUGGGUGAUGAGGAGGGAGCUGCGCCGCCGCCACCGCCGAUGGAUCUGGACGCUAGCAACGGCAGCGAGUGUCUGAUCUGUCUGAGCAGUCCACCGACGACCUUGCUGCUGCCGUGUACGCAUGGGUUGUGUCUGGAGUGCGCGGUUCAGCUGAGGGACAGCGUGGUGGGGAUCAGGCAGAGCGAGAGGAGGAGGGGCAGGACGCCUAGGAGGAAAUACGCGUGUCCCGUGUGCAGGAGGGCCUAUACGAGCAUGUUGCAUUUGAGCAAGGCGGAUGAGAAGUCAGUGGCAAAGGGAUAG